AUGAUGACGGACCAUGCAGAUUCGGACGACAGCUCCUCUGAUUCCAGUUACUCAAAGGUGGACUUUUACGAGGUUAUGAAUGAAGUGCCUGAGAACUAUAAAGGCAAAGUAGAUGAGCUGAACAAAAUAUUACAAGAUAAAAACCAAGAUAUAAAUCGUCUAAAAGAAUUAGCUAUUAGUGACGGAGGAUUAGUGAUAAGUUUAGUACGUAGGGAAGCAUGGAAGCUGAUAUUGAAUUUGCCAAGUACUGAUGAACAAUUAUAUCCAUUGGAAAUUAUUAAAGACCAUCCUGAAUACCAUCAAGUUGAUAUGGAUGUGAGGAGGUGCUUAAAAAGAUUUCCGCCUGGUAUAUCAUAUGAGAAAAUUGGUGUAUUGCAAAAAGAAUUAAUAACAAUUAUACUGAGUGUAAUUAAAGAAAAUCCAGACCUAAAAUACUACCAAGGUUAUCACGAUGUCGCUGUUACUUUUCUUAUAGAAGUAGGACAAAAUGAAGCAUAUAGUAUAAUGAAGCAUCUAUCAUCAAACCAUCUAAAAGAAUUUCUAAAGCCAACCAUGGAGGAAACAUCAUAUUUACUGUUGCACGUUUUUCCGUUGAUUAAAAAACUCAAUCCAGAAUUGGAAGAAUUUAUUGAAAAGUCUGGUAUUGGUACAAUAUUUGCUCUGCCGUGGUUGAUAUCAUGGUUUAGCCAUAGCUUAGACCAACACUCGAAAGUAGUAAGAUUAUUCGAUUACUUUCUAGCAUCACCAAAAGAAAUCAUCUUGUAUGUUAUAGCGCAGUUAAUAUAUUCCAGACGUGAUGAAGUCUUAAACACUGAGUGUGACAUGGCUGGUGUUCACACGGUGUUAUCGAAGAUUCCAGAAAGCCUAAAUUUUGAAAUAAUAUUGAAUGAAGCUACAAAAAUGCACAAAGAAUAUGAUCUUUCAAACGUCAAAGAUGAAGUUGAGGAAAGAGUAAAACUAGAAGCUAAGUUAUUAAAAGAUCAACGGGACGAAAAUGCAAAGCGGAAAAAAGACAAGAGAUUUGCCAGAAAUCAGGAACAUCAAGAACAGCCAGCUUUUAACAGAGCUUUCCGAUAUGUACCCAUAUGGAUUAGACCUAGAAUGAGAUUUGGCCUGUUAUUUUUCGGAUUUAGUUUGGCUGCCGGGCUUUGGGCUGUUUUUAAAUCAAAUAACAAUUAA